GGUCAAGACCUCCUUUCUCCUCCUGUGACCUUCUUGCUUAUUGAUUGCUUUCUCUGUUGCAAAGGCCCGCUCAAUUUGUUUGUGGAGUCGAUCCACUUCAAGGCCGUCCAAAGUCGGCAAGUCUAUGUCAACCCACUCUGAGGUCAUCCGAAGCCACUACAGACUUCAGAUCAAAACCGCCAUCUUCCCUGCGAACCACUCAUGGCACCGCAGGUUGAUCUAGUUCUAAUCUUCCGCUCCAGCCCUGGCAAGGUGCUCUCGAGGCCCCAGGCGAGGGAGAAUGCGCGGCAGGCGACCAGUCAGUACACAAAGCUCCUUGACGUCCUGCAGAAAGGCGGACUACGGGCGGUUGGCAAGCGCGGGGAGAACGACGGACAAUUGCUCGUAUUCGUGUCGUGUCCUCGGAGCACGCUAACACGGCUGGCGCAACGCGAACGCCAUUCCGACUUCAUUAAUGGUCUGCCGACUGCCAACCCCACUGCUACGCUCGAUCUCGAUACGGAGCCCCUCUCGCCUGCUGACCACUUGCGGCUCGUACACACAUAUGUCACGUCGACCGUCUCCGACGGAGGGCUGGGCAUCGCCCCUGGCUCGAGCGAGUGGGAUCGCGUCGAGUCCAUUAUGAUGCUCCACGACUACGACUUCAAUGACAAGUGGAUCCGCUCUUGGACACGGCGCGAGCUCGGUUUCGUCAAGUUUGACAAUAUCAGAAAGCAUUUCGGCGAAGCGAUCGCGCUGUACUUUGCCUUCUUGUCGUAUUACACCAAAUACCUUAUUUUCAUCUCCGCGGUCGGCGCGUGGUUCUACUUUUUCAGCGAGGCAUAUUCGGCUGUGUACUCGUGCAUACUCCUCCUAUGGUCCGUCGCCUUCGUCGAGUCGUGGCGCAUCCAGCAGCGGAUCCUCUCCGUGCGCUGGCGCACGCGGGGAUCAUUCCGCGUCGAGAAGCGGCGUGCGCAGUACGUGCCGAUCUCCUGGUGGCAGAAGGACCUGCGCAUGAUCGCCGGCAUGCCCGUCAUCGCACUGUUCGCAGUCGUGCUUGCCACGCUGCUGACGUGUAUGUUCGUUGUCGAAGCAUUCGUGACGGAACUGUAUACUGGCCCCGGACACCGGUUCCUGGCGUUUGCGCCGACGAUCGUCGUCUCCGUCGCCGUCCCUCGCUUCCUCAAACUCUACCACGAGUACGCCGUCGCGUUUACCAAUUGGGAGGACCAUGGGCACCAGUCGACGCAUGACGCCUCGCUCACGCUUAAGACGUUCUCGCUCUCGGCCAUCGUCGAGUAUCUCGGCCUCGCACUGUCUGCAUUCAUCUACGUGCCGUUCGGCGAGGAGGUGAUGACGUUCGUGCAGAACGUCAUCGAGCGCGACCCGACGUCGAACAUCUCCAUCAAGGACGCGCUGCGCUAUGCGUUCGCAGGCAAAACGCUCAAGUCCCGCGCGAGCAGGACCCUGCAGGAGGCGGCCGCGUCCGCGAGUGCGAGGCACGGUGGGAAGCUGAGCGGUAAGGGCAUGUGGGAGAUGGACAUGAUGAGUGCCCGCAAGAAGCUGAGCCCGACGCGGCUGCAGGACCAGAUGUUUGCGUCGACGGUGACGAACCAGGUCGUCAAUGCGUUCCUUGAGAUCGGCCUGCCGUAUGUCCUGCGCGCGGUCACGUCGUUCCGGCGGGGGCACGGACUCGGCUUCUCGACGCACACGACGCAAAAACAGGACAGUGGGAAGAAGAGUCCCAAGAAAGUCUCGUUUGAGGACCAGCCCAGAGAAGUUUGCGAGGGGAGUGAUAAGGCGGAUGGGCAGGUGAGCGAGGCAGAUGGGAAGGAGGAGCGGCAGUUCCUUGAGGAGGUGUGGCGGCAGGUGGCGCUGCCGCACUACGACCUGUUCGAGGAUUACAGCGAGAUGGUCACACAGUUCGGUUACGUCGCACUGUGGUCGACUAUUUGGCCGCUCGCAUCUGUGAUGGCGCUCACGAACAACUGGUUCGAGCUGCGCUCAGACGCGUUCAAGAUCGCCAGACACGUCCGGAGGCCUAUCCCCUCGCGCACAGACACCAUCGGCCCGUGGCUCGAUUCGCUCUCCUUCCUCGCCUGGCUCGCGGCGCUCACCAACUCGGCGCUCGUGUACCUCUUCCGGCCGUCGGACCACUGCAAGCCGCUGGGCACGACGCUCGAGCGCAAGCAUGUAUAUCUCAGCGAAGGAAACUCGUCCUCGCGGCAGCUCCUCCUGAGCGCGCUGCUCGUCGCGCUCGCCGCGUCGCAUGGGUAUAUCCUCGUGCGUAUGCUCGUGCGCCAUGUUCUUGAGCGAUUGCUCUGGCGCGGAAGUCAGGAGGCGGGUGAUGCAGAGCGGGUCGAGACGGCGGUGAAGGAGGAGUAUUUGAAGUCGUUGGGCGUCGCGGACGUUACGGCUCAGGAGGAGUAUGAGAAGACGGGGGAUGUGCCUGAGAAGGAUGAGCAGUGGGAGUCGUUCUGGGUUUAUGAUGAGGGGCUUGACGAGCUCUCGAGGGAGACGAAAGAGUCGUGAGGGGCUGAUAUCUGGUGAGAGAGGGGGGUUGUGAAUGGUGUGUUCGAUCUCUGGAGGCGAUGAGGGUGGAAGGUUGUUUUUCAUUUGUUUUGCAUGGACUAUCUUACUUCAUGCAUACUGCGCCUGGAACAGAUCAUAUUCUUCGCUAUCAGAGUUGGCUUAUCGUAUUCGCUGCGUCGCGAUUGUAUAUUGUAUUUAUAGGGAGAAUAUGCAUUCAAAAGCUGCC